AUGUACAGCAGAGACGGCAGAGUUAGCGAUGUGAGGAUUGUUCUGCUGGGGAAGAACGUGUCAGAAAACAGCCGAGUGGGAAACUUCCUGUUGGGACGUGAAGCAUUUGACAGUGAAGCUCAUCCAGGUGCUGUAGAGAGAGUCGGAGGAAGAUUGAAGGACAGACAUGUGACCGUCAUCAACAGUCCUCAGCUGCUCCAGACACAUCUGUCACUCCAUCACAUCAUACAGACAGUGAGAGAGUGUGUGUAUCUGUCUGAUCCAGGACCUCAUGUGAUUGUUCUGCUCCUCAAACAUGAGGAGUGUUCAGCAGAAGAUCAAGAGUGUGUGGAGAAGGUGCUGGACUCUUUCUCUGAGCGUGCUUAUCAACACACCAUGGUGCUCACCACACAAGAGCCCACUGAAACCAAUGACAUCCUACAGAAAAUCAUUCAGAAAUGCUUCAGCAGACACUUCAGUCCUCAGAAAAGCAGCUCUCCUGAUGAUCUUAUACAGGCGUUUGAGGACAUUGUGCAAAUGAAUGAUGGACGUCACCUGGUUUGUGCUGUAUAUGAAGCUUCACAGUAUUUCACAAUGAAGCAACAAGCCACAGAAAGACAGGGUGUGAAGCUGAAUCUGGUUGUCUGCGGGAGUGACAGGACAUUAAAAUCCUCCAUAUCAGAACUGAUCCUGCAGCAGACAGACAGAAGAUCAGACGUGGAGCUUCAUGGACUUCAGAUCAGCCUGGUGGAGCUUCCAGCUCUGUUCAACACUCGGCUCUCAGAGGAGGAAGUGAUGCGUCAGACUCUCCGCUUUGUGUCUCUCUGUCAUCCUGGAGUUCAUGUUUUCCUAUUCGUUACUCUUGACGCUCCACUUACAGAUGAAGACAAAGCAGAAAUGGAGGAGAUCCAGAGGAUUUUCAGCUCAAGCAUCAAGAAACACAUCAUGGUUCUUAUAAUGCAGAAUUCAGAGCAAACGACAGCAGAACUAAAUGAAGAAACAAAGUCUGUCAUUGAGAGUUUUGGAGGGAAACAUCAUUUCUUUGGUCACACCACACAAGUGUCCACAUUGAUAGAGAACAUUGAGCAGAUGGUCGAAGAAAACAUGGGCGGGUUUUUCUCCACAGAGACAUUUUUAGAGGCACAGAUUAAAAAAAUGCUGAAAUUUGAAGAAAUGAAGAAAAUUCAUUCACUAGAGACACAUUUUCUGUCACAAGACUGUAGACAAACAGGGUUAUGCAAAUAUGAAAAAAAUCACCCUACAAAGACUAGCAUUUCUUCUUUUACAGGUCCAAAAGAGAGCCAAGAUGAUCUGAGGAUUGUGCUGCUGGGAAAAACUGGAGUUGGGAAGAGUGCAACAGGAAACACCAUCUUAGGAAGAGAUGCAUUUACAGCAGAAGAAUCUUUUCAAUCAGUGACUAGUGAGAUUCAGAGAGAAACAGCUGAAAUCAACGGCCGACAUGUUACGGUGAUCGACACUCCAGGACUAUUUGAUACUAAACUUAGCAAUGAGGAGAUCCAGAGAGAAAUCACCAAUUGUAUCUCCAGAUUCACUCCAGAAGAAGCAAAAUCAGUGAAGAUGAUCCAAGAGAUGUUUGGUGAAAACUCUUUAAUGUACACAAUGGUGCUCUUCACCAGAGGAGAUGGUCUGAAGAACAAAACCAUUGAACAGUGUUUGGGAAAACCUGAAUCUCCUUUGAUGAACCUGAUUGAAGCAUGUGGAAACAGAUACCAUGUGUUCAAUAAUAAUCAUACUGGAGACCGAACACAGGUGUCUGAUCUACUGGAGAAGAUAGACAACAUGAUGGAAGCAAACAGAGGGUGUUUCUACUCACGUAAGAUGUUCAGACAGAUUGAAAGAGAAAAACAAGAACAACAAAUGAAGUUCCUGAUGGAGAGAGUGGAGCAACUGAACACAGAAAGAGAAGAACUCUUGGCCAAACAUGAAGAAGAGAAAGAAAGAAUGAAAGUUAUGAUGGAGGAAGAAAGACAGAACCAUGACAGAGAGAUAAAAAGAAGAAAAGAAGAAUUUAAAGAGAGAGAAAAACAAUAUAAAAUAGAGAUGAGAAGAGAGCGAGAGGAAUGGGAGAAACAGAAACAAAGAGAGGAAAAGACAAGAAGAGAUGAAGAAGAUGAGAAAAGAAAAGAAAAGAGAAGGAACAAAGAGUUUGGGAUGAAUUCAAUCAGAGACUUAAACAAGGGAAAGAGAGAAUUAAAAGAAAGAAAGAAGAUCUUCAAUCUAAACAUGAAGCAGAAGAAAACAGGAAGCUCCUAAUGGA